AUUUCAGUUUCUUCUUCGGCGAACUGAAUUCUGGUUAAUUUCUAUCAGCAAUCAGAUACCACCCCGGCCCCGGCUUUUCUAUAUUUCUUUUUCCCUCAGUUUUCACUAGUCUUCCUUGAUCACAACUCCAAAAAAAAAACCCAUGUGAAUUAAUCUGCCAUUCUUUCGAUCCUACUCCUCUAACCUGGCUCGCUUCAGUCCUCAAAUCCCUUAGCAAUACAUUCAUAAAAGCCUAGAAAGCAUGUAAUUGUGUUCUCUCUUCUCCAAAAAACCAAAAAAAAAAAAAAAAAAACAUUUUACUGUCAUCCGAUUUCUUUUAGUUCAUUAUGUCCACAUAACAAUUGUUGAGUUAUCUGUGUAUUCUCUAGUGUAACCUAUCCUGGCCAAGGUUCAAACCCUCGUGUAGCCACACCUUUAUAAAAAUUACUGAAUCAUGUAAUUUUUAUCCUUCUCGUUCCCAGAAUCCAAUCAAAACCAAAAAAAAAAAAAAAAAAAAAAAAAAAGAUUUAUCAAGGUUGUUGUUGUUGUUAGUUCAAAGCGAAAAAAGAAAAAGAAGAAAGAAAAGGAAAUGCCGGAAUCAGAGGCCGGUACCCCACCGGUGUCGGCUCCGCCGACGCCCGGGACCCCAGCUCCGCUCUUUACGGCUCUUCGAGUGGACUCCCUAUCCUACGAUCGCAAUUCAAUGCCGCGAUGCAAGUGCUUGCCUGUUAAUGCCCCUACUUGGGGUCAACCUCACACCUGCUUCACCGACUUUGCAGCACCCGAUGUCUCUCUCACUCGGAAGCUUGGAGCAGAGUUUGUGGGAACUUUCAUCCUGAUAUUUAUGGCGACAGCAGGACCCAUUGUGAACCAAAAGUACAAUGGAGCGGAGUCACUGCUCGGGAAUGCGGCUUGUGCAGGGCUGGCAGUGAUGGCCGUGAUUCUGUCGACCGGUCACAUAUCCGGGGCACACCUAAACCCAUCCCUCACCAUUGCGUUUGCGGCGCUGCGUCACUUCCCUUGGCUCCAGGUGCCAGCCUACAUCGCAGCACAGGUUUCAGGAUCCAUUUGUGCUUCCUUCGCUCUCAAGGGUGUUUUCCAUCCCUACAUGUCCGGCGGAGUUACGGUUCCUUCCGUAAGCAAUGGCCAGGCUUUCGCACUGGAGUUCAUUAUCACUUUCAAUCUCCUUUUUGUUGUCACCGCUGUCGCCACUGAUACCCGAGCGGUGGGAGAGUUGGCCGGUAUAGCAGUUGGAGCUACCGUUUUGCUCAACAUUCUUGUGGCAGGGCCAUCAACUGGUGGUUCAAUGAAUCCCGUGCGAACUCUGGGCCCGGCAGUUGCAGCAGGCAACUAUAAGUCAUUGUGGAUAUACCUGUUGGCGCCCACACUUGGGGCCCUCACCGGUGCAGGAGUCUAUACAGCAGUCAAGCUCCGGGACGACGAGGUUGAAGCACCGCGCCCGGUCAGGAGCUUCCGUCGCUAGGAGUAGCUAGGAGGACGCACCUCAUGAGGCCUAAUUGUCCCUGCCUUCGUUCAGUUUGGACUUUAGUUAUUCUGAGGUGACAGCUCGAAAAAGUAGAAGAAUAAAAAGGUGUGGAGGAGAUACGACGAUGUGACCGAAAGUCUACGCCCUACAAUUGAGUUGUAUAAAGUAUGCUACCUUUCCUUUUCUAAUAUUGGUGCGUUGUCAUUUCACGGGGCCUUUCUCCUUUUUGGAUGGAAGUCUCCCUGAUGUUGAAUAAGCGCUUUGUAUUGGCCCCCUUAAGCAAUUAAGCAGCUUGUAAUGAUGUGUGUAGAACUGUGCGUGUGACCUUUUGCUUUAGCUCCUUUAUAAAAACAUAAUGAUGUGUGUAGUGCGUUUGUAAACUUUGCUAAUCAAUCAAAGUGCAUGAGCACGAAUGGUUUGUUUUAUUUA